AAUAUCGGCGGACGACAAUUUUACUCCAAGGCCAUCUUUUCAGAACAAAUAGAUGAAGUAUAAAAGAAAAAACGACCAACUGUAAGUCACAGUCGUGUCCGAUCCGGGAAAAUGAAAGCUUCGAUCGCGUUUGUGUUGUGCUGUGUGGCGGGCUGCGGCUUUGCGUACAACGUGCGCAGGGACGGGCAGUACAACGGCCUGCGGGAUGACCCCUUCGCGGUAGAGGUGUACCAGCACUUCUACCCGGAGCCCUCUCAGCGGUUCUUCUGGGGGAACCAGGGCAGCUCGCAGGUGGGCGGCUCGGGCUGGUGGACCACGCUCACGAACAAGUUCCCCAUCCUGGGCAGCAUGUUCGGUAAGAUGGAGGUGCCUCACGUGACGUACGGGGUGCCGGCGUCGGUGUACGGGCCGCCGCAGCCGCCGGUGUUCCAGGACCAGUUCUACCAGCAGCUGCCGCCGGUGCAGUUCCACCCGCAGUUCGUGCCGGGCGCCGUGGACCUGCCGCCCAGCCGCGACGUCGGCUUCACGGACGACGCCGUCAUCAUCACGCCGCCGCAGGUGCCCAUCUCGCAGCCGGCCCCCGCCCCCGCCCCCGCGCCCGCACCCUUCCCCAACCCUGCACCCUUCCCGAACCCAAGGCCUGACCCCAAUCCCGACUCCGGAUACAGAUAUAACAAACCCCUAUACAGAUUUGAUCUCCCUAAGAAAUAGUAACUCGC